CCUGAAAACGAAAUUAACUCGCCGUCGAACCAAUACUUUCAUUUAAAACGAUGCAAAAAAAAUCUUUUCGUGCUCAAGAAUCCAUGGUAGCUGUAAAACCCCCAUAUAUUAAGAUCUAAUCUUCGUUUAUUGUGAAUAGCUUGAAGCAUAAGCUGCAGCGAGAUUGGUUUUGGUUCGUGAGAUUUGAAAACUUCUGCUUUGGCAGGGUUUCGUAAUAUUUUUCCUGCAAACUCUGCACAUCUUUUCUCGUCGGCAUAGUUGACAACACGUUACAAUUUGUGCUAAAGUUUGAGUGCCCAUCUUGCAAAUUCAAGGUGCCUGCUUGUUCAGACUGUUUUCACUAUGUUUUUCGGAGGCUAUGGGUAUCCUACUUCAUUUGAGCAGACCUAUCGAUGUUAUCCAGCUUCGUUUAUUGAUAAGCCACAGUUGGAAAGUGGUGACAAGGUUAUAAUGCCUCCUUCGGCUCUUGAUCGUCUGGCAUCUUUACACAUAGACUAUCCCAUGCUUUUUGAGCUUCAGAAUCCAAGCACACAGCGCAUGUCACACUGUGGGGUGCUUGAAUUCAUUGCAGAGGAGGGCAUGAUUUAUAUGCCCUAUUGGAUGAUGCAAAAUAUGCUAUUAGAAGAGGGAGAUACAGUGAAAGUAAAAAAUGCUACUCUUCCAAAAGGGACAUAUGUCAAAUUGCAGCCUCACACAAAGGAUUUUCUGGACAUAUCCAAUCCAAAAGCUGUGUUGGAGACUACCUUAAGGAAUUUCUCCUGUUUGACCACAGGUGAUAGCAUUAUGGUAGCAUAUAACAACAAGAAAUAUUACAUAGAUAUAAUUGAAACAAAACCUGCCUCUGCAAUAACUAUUAUUGAGACGGAUUGUGAAGUGGACUUUGCUCCUCCUCUUGAUUAUAAAGAACCAGAAAAAGUACCAGCUGCACCUGCUGCCGCAAGUACUUCUCAAGAGGAAACAAAGGAGGCAGAAGAAGCUAAAUUUAGUCCCUUCACUGGAGUUGCAAGGCGUCUGGAUGGGAAACCUCUGAAGUAUUCAGUAGCACCAAUAACUUCUUCCGGAAGUUCUGAUGCUGUGAAAAAUAAGUCAUCGAGUUCUGGCCCUCCCUCAAGUGCUCCACAGCGUCGCCCCUCAGGGAAACUUGUAUUUGGUUCAAGUGCUGGAAGUAAUCAUGUUGAUGAACCCAAGUCUUCCGCGAAGGAGAUCAAACAGGAAGUACCAAAGGAAGAACCAAAGUUCCAGGCAUUCACUGGAAAAAAGUAUUCGUUAAAGGAUUGAAAGUAAUAUUUCAGAUUCUCUGUGCAUCAUUAUAAUCUUUUCCAUAAUGUAGUUGACAGUGUUUGAUGUAUAUUUUGGGCCUCUAUGAUCAAUGAUGAUUUAUCUGAUAUAUUUAGCAGUCUAAGAUUCUUUUACACAAUACUUUUUUCAAGUGGCGGUUAUGUAUGCAUAUGCUCAUAUUUUACUUAAUGUACACACAUAUAUCUCACAACUUGCAGAUAAUUAAGAACUGUAUUUAAUCUGCAUCAUGCCAUCACCACUCUUGGUAGCGUAUACUAUACAUUUUAUUGGUCACACAUUACAAUGGUUUCACUUUA